UCCAGUCUACUGGUCCAAGAUCUGUCUCCCUUUUGUUCAUGUGUCUGCCUUUUUUUAUAUUGGAAGUCGUGUGUGUUUUAAUCUGAAAGUUGUGAGAAUUUUUCUGUAAUUUGCAAGGAAUUUUUUGGAAGUUGCGAGAAUUUUCUAAAAGGUUUGCAAAGAUUCCUGAAUGUUGUGUCCAAACUGAUGGAAGUUGUGAGAAUUUUUUGAAUGUUUCAUCAUACACAUUACAGUCAAUUAUCCAUUUCGUUCAGCAUGGUGGCCAAGAUGCAGCAGCCCCAUGCUUUGUUCCGAUGGGCCUCCUCUACUCGAUGGUUGCCGCUGGUUGAGUUUGGUAUGGUUUCCUAUUGUUGCUUGUGUCGAGCCAUGGGUCCGUCUUUCCUUCGUAUUGAGGUGGGGCCCGUUUUUCGCGUACGUGGCACUCCAGGCCGUCCCGACAGCCGUUAGACGGCGCCGUUCGGUCCUAGCAGUCAAAAGCACGAACCGUUACUCCUUCUCCACUCUGCUCGCUCGCUCUCGCUCUGUUCUUGGUCGCCGCACCCGUCGCCGCCGCGCCGCGCCGCCGCCACAGCGCCAUGGUGUCGUGGAGUGAUGGGUCGGAUAGCAGCGAGCACACCAGGCAGUGCAUGAGCUCAGAUUUCGACGACGGCACCAUUAAGGUUCCUGCUAGCACCGAAGACUCAGAUUUCGAGGGCCCUGAGAUAGAUAUGUAUGUAUUGUGCCAUGGACACGGGAAGGCAGCAGAAAGGCGUGUUGCUUUCGAAGGGAUUCACACUGGCAGGAGGUUUCUUUGUUGUGCAGAGAAGAGUAAGAUGGACAGGAAUGAGGAAUGUCUGAUGCAUUCAUUUAAUGUUCAUGACCUGACACAAGAGAAGAAGAAACUCCAGGCCAGCUAUGAGAAGUUGGUUGAAGAUGUCAAUGCACUUAUGGAUGCCCAGGAGCAGAGGGCAGUGAUAGAAAGGAAAGAUGCUGAAACAACCAAGUUGCAGGAGAAGUAUGACACUUUGAAGAACAUAGCAGCUGCUCAAGGUACUGUCAUUAGGAACAUGAAGUUGAAGCUAGCUGAAGAGAAGAAGAAUUUGCAGAUCCACAUUGAUGAGCUCAAGAAGACAGUUGAAGAGAGCAAUGUGAAGCUGGAGGGGAUCAAGGCCAUCAUAAAUGGAUAAGUAGUGCAAGAGAAGAAUGGGCAAUAUCAUUUGGCAUUUGCUGACCUUUUGCAGGGUGUGGUUUGGCAUUUGUUGUAAUGAUAGUAGUUUAAAUUCUAUUAACUAUGAGUACUCCUGAACUAUGGAUAUGUAAUCUUAAGUAAGAUGUUUGCAUUUGAACUAGUGCUGAAUGUGGUGCUAUUUGAACUAGCUAGUGCUGAAUGUCAAACUAUGAUUAUGUAUGGAAUUGAACUAGUGCUGAAUUU